ACAGGAAGAAAGCUGCGGCUCGUGUGGAGCUGUGCUGCAUGUUAAGUACCGUUAUAGCUCCGUGCGUUUCAAGCCGGUCUGAUUCCUUUUUAUCGUUUUAUUUUCGACAUGGACGACGACUUUUUAAGCCUGAAGCAACAACUCUUGGAGAAAGACAGGGAAAUUGCUGCUUUAAAGAAGAAACUCGUUCAACAGCAGGCUAACUCUUUAGUAGCAGACUUAGAAGACCGCGUAUCUGUUCUGGCCCCUCUGAAGAAAAACACAUCGUUAACCAAUGAAGACAUUAUGAGAUACAGUAGGCAGCUUCUCUUGCCAGAGCUCGGUGUUAAAGGUCAGAUGAGUCUCUCAAAUACAUCUGUUCUGGUUGUGGGAUGUGGAGGUUUAGGCUGUCCGCUUGCACAGUACCUCGCUGCUGCAGGAAUAGGGCGUUUGGGGCUACUGGACUAUGAUGAGGUGGAGCUGAGUAAUCUGCACAGGCAGGUGCUGCAUACAGAACACACUCAAGGUCUGCCCAAAGCCCAGUCAGCAGCACAGGCUCUUAACAGGUUGAAUUCUAUAGUGCAGUGUGUUCCAUAUCAUCUCCAGCUAUCAUCUGAGAAUGCCUUACAACUCAUUCAACAGUAUGACAUUGUGGCUGACUGUUCAGAUAACGUCCCCACACGCUACCUUGUCAAUGAUGCCUGUGUUCUGAGUGGCAAGCCUUUAGUGUCUGCCAGCGCACUGCGAAUGGAGGGACAGCUCACUGUGUACAACUACAGAGGAGGGCCGUGUUACAGGUGUUUGUAUCCUGUCCCCCCACCACCUGAGACGGUUACUAAUUGCUCUGAUGGUGGAGUCUUAGGAGUGGUGCCUGGAAUCAUGGGCUGUCUUCAAGCUUUAGAGGUUCUGAAGAUUGCCUCUGGCCAAGGAUCGUCUUUUGGGCAGCAACUGCUGAUGUUUGAUGGUCAGGAGGGCCGGUUCCGUUCCAUAAAGCUUAGGCCCAAACAGGCAGGCUGUGCUGUGUGUGGAGAGACGCCCACGGUCACAGAACUGCAGGACUACGAGAAAUUCUGUGGCUCUGCUGCGACAGAUAAGUGUCGAAGACUGAAUCUUCUAACCUCAGAACAGAGGAUCUCAGUGCAGGAGUAUAAAUCCAUUGUAGACAAAGUUACUCCUCAUCUCCUCCUUGACGUUCGCCCCAAAGUGGAGGUGGACAUUUGCUGUUUGCCGACUUCAAUCAAUAUUCCUCUUGCCAGUUUAGAGGAGCGAAAGACAGAUCAUGUUAAUCUGCUGAAGGAGAAGAUCAGUGAGCUGAAAGAGCAGAGCGUGGAAUCACAAGUAGCAGUGUUUGUGGUGUGUAAACUGGGGAAUGAUUCUCAGAAGGCUGUGCAGAUCCUGGAGAAGUUGUCUGGAUCAGAACUAGAGCAAAUUAUUGUGAAAGACAUCAGUGGAGGCCUUAUGGCGUGGGCCAAGAAGAUCGAUCCUUCCUUCCCACAGUAUUAACUGUCAUUUAUUGCCUAUAACUGUAUUUGGCUAAAUUAAAACAAAUACGCCCAUAAUAUA